UAACAGUUCAUUUAGAGUGAAUUAUUGUCUCAAUAUGAAAAGGCGUUAAAUCAGAACGCAGCUCCGACAUUUUCCAAAACAUCCCGGGGUCGGAAGAUUUUAACCGAUGGACUCAUUUCCGUGAUAGGAUAUUGCAGCAUGAAGAAGGAGCAAGUUGUCAACUGUCAGUUUUCGGUUUGGUAUCCGAUAUUCAAGCAACACACGAUUAAAAGUCUGAUUCUUCCACUGCCUCAGAAUGUAAUAGAUUACUUACUGGACGAUGGCACUCUGGUAGUCUCUGGGAGUGACCAUAACGCACAGCACACACACACGAACAACAGCGACUCCGACGCAGAGGAAGACGUUCAGUGGUCAGACGAUGAGACUACAUCCACGGUCACGGCUCCUGAGUUUCCAGAGUUCACUUCUAAGGUGCUGGAGGCCAUAAACGCUCUGGGUGGGCGCGUCUUUCCCAAACUCAACUGGAGCGCUCCACGGGACGCUAACUGGAUCGCCCUGAACAGUUCCCUGCAGUGCGACAGCCUCAGCGAUAUAUUUCUGCUCUUCAAAAGUUCCGACUUCAUCACCCACGACCUCACCCAGCCAUUCCUCGUGUGCAGCGACCAGGACUCCCCCGAUCCCGUCGUAAACUACGAGCUGGUCCUGAGGAAGUGGAGCGAGUUGAUUCCCGGAGGAGAGUUCCGCUGCUUCGUCAAAGAAAACAAGCUGAUCGCCGUCUCCCAGAGGGACUACACCCAGCACUACCCGCACCUCCUGAAGCAGGAGGAGCAGCUCCUCCACGCCGUGCAGGAGUUCUUCAGCCAACACAUCCAGGACAAGUUCCUGGACGAAGACUUCGUGUUUGAUGUCUACAGAGACAGCCAGGGGAGGGUGUGGCUGAUAGACGUGAACCCGUUCGGGGAGGUGACGGAGUCGCUGCUGUUCAGCUGGGAGGAGCUGACGUCUGGCGGGGAGAUCGGCCAGCAGCAGCAGGAGGGCCCGGCGUUCCGCUGCACCACCAGCGAGGUGACGGUGCAGCCCAGUCCCUGUCUGAGCUACAGGAUCCCGCGAGACUUCGUCGACCUCUCCAGCGGCGAGGACGCCUACAAACUCAUCGACUUCCUCAAACUGUCCCACAGCGGGGAAAUUGCAGGAUCACAGCAGCGGGUGCACAUUAGAGUAUUAAUACAAGAAGAAACGGCAACAGGAGGAUUCUGAGGAGGAGAACGCUCCACAGUGACACCGUACACCUGGACCCCCCCCCCCCCAUGAUGCUCCCAGCCUGCAGCGACUCCUCACAGACGGGUUCCUCCUGCAGCUCCUCCCCGUCGUCCAAUGGGAAACGUCGAAUCAGCUUUUUGAGCGUCCAUUCUUUUCCCGUCGGGUCGCUCUCCGCCUCCGAUGGGGAAGAGGAGACACACGCUCACACACACACACACACACGCUCACACACGCUCACACACACACACACACACGCUCACACACACACACACGCAGCUUAUAGAAGGCCUGCUUUUAUACUUUCAAAUGGCGUGUGUACAUUAGUUAAUGUGUCAGCAUCCCCGCAUUAAAUAAUAAAUAAAGUGUGUGUGUGUGUCA